AACCAGUGCCUGGAACAGAAAACUCAGCGGAAGAAGGAGAAGCAGAAAGGAAAGGAGGAGGAGACGAAGAAGAAGGAGAGCGGCCAGGAGCGGAGACGAAUUCCGAGCGAUCUGUGCACGCCCGCGAGGGAACGACUUGCGCAGGUCAGUCGCGAGGCCAUAUUGAUGUCGAUGGACGGGUGGAUGUUCAGUCUCCGCAGUCAAGGAAAGAAGCCGAGUACAGGAUCUCGCGUGGCGAGCGUCGCGCUGUCCGGACUCCUCCCUGCCGAUGCUGAUUCUGCUGUGCCGAGAUGUGAGAGAAUCGUCUUUCUCCUCCACCUAGUCACCGCCGCCGCCGCUGCUGUUGCUGUUGCUGUUGAGAUCGCCCCUAGAUCGACUUGCGUGUAGAGCGAGUGAGAGUGACGCGGUGGGGAGAUGGAGGUGGUGAUCAGAGACGCGCAGAGCCGGACAACGUUCAGACUGCUGGUCGUUUGAGGCGCAAUUGCCCGUUGGAGCUAAAUCUGAUUUAGGAAGAGGAAGGCAGAGGAGAGGCUUGGAACCUCCGAUGCUCGCAUGUUCUUGAACCUCCGUUUUCUUGCCUGAGAAAUCGGGGCCGUUUCAAGAUGGCGGAGUCUACGGACAAAACUGAUAGGCUGGACGGACUAGACAGUUUGGCAGCCAUCAGCAGCGAGGCUGUUGAUUUGGAACACAUUCCUAUUGAGGAGGUUUUUGAACAGCUACGAUGCACAAGAGAAGGACUUACUGAGGAGGAAGGGGAAAAUCGAAUCAAACUUUUUGGCAUGAACAAGUUGGAGGAGAAGACAGAAAACAAGAUUCUCAAAUUCCUGGGGUUUAUGUGGAAUCCUCUUUCAUGGGUGAUGGAAGCAGCUGCAAUUAUGGCCAUAGCUUUGGCUAAUGGAGGCGGACUACCCCCCGACUGGCAAGACUUUGUAGGUAUAGUGAUCUUACUGGUUAUAAAUUCGACAAUCAGCUUUAUUGAGGAGAACAAUGCCGGAAAUGCGGCGGCUGCUUUGAUGGCUAGGCUCGCUCCUAAGACGAAGGUUUUACGAGAUGGACGUUGGGGAGAGCAGGACGCUCAAGUUUUGGUUCCUGGUGACAUCAUCAGCAUCAAGCUGGGAGAUAUCGUCCCAGCAGACGCACGUCUUCUUGAAGGAGAUCCUUUAAAAAUUGAUCAGUCUGCUUUGACUGGAGAGUCUCUCCCAGUGACGAGGAAACCUGGAGAUGAGGUAUUUUCAGGAUCGACUUGCAAGCAAGGAGAAAUUGAAGCUGUGGUUAUAGCCACUGGAGUGCACACUUUUUUUGGCAAGGCAGCUCAUCUUGUGGACAGUACAAACCAAGUUGGUCAUUUUCAAAAGGUUCUCACAGCCAUUGGAAAUUUUUGUAUUGUUUCGAUCGCAAUUGGCAUGUUGGUUGAGAUCGUUGUCAUGUACGCCAUUCAGAAAAGACCAUAUCGACAGGGAAUUAACAACCUGCUGGUCCUGCUCAUUGGUGGUAUCCCUAUUGCUAUGCCAACAGUGCUGUCAGUGACCAUGGCCAUUGGAUCGCAUAGACUGUCUCAGCAGGGUGCUAUCACAAAGCGUAUGACUGCUAUCGAGGAGAUGGCGGGGAUGGACGUUCUUUGCAGUGAUAAGACCGGAACCUUAACUCUGAACAAGUUAACUGUCGACAAAAACUUGAUUGAGACUUUCGGAAGGGGUAUCGACAAGGAUAUGGUAGUCUUAUUGGCUGCGAGGGCAUCCAGAAUUGAAAAUCAAGAUGCCAUUGAUGCUGCUAUCGUGGGAAUAUUAGCAGACCCUAAGGAGGCUCGUGCAGAUAUUACAGAAGUUCACUUCCUCCCUUUCAAUCCUGUGGAUAAACGAACAGCUCUUACGUACAUUGACGCUGAUGGAAACUGGCAUCGUGCUAGCAAAGGGGCACCAGAACAGAUUUUGGAACUUGCCCAUGAUAAGAAUAUAAUCGCCGCGAGAGUGCAUUCCGUCAUAGAUAAAUUUGCAGAGCGAGGCCUUCGGUCGCUUGCCGUAGCGAGACAGGAACUGCCUGAGAAAACCAAGGAGAGUGUUGGAGGUCCAUGGGUUUUUUGUGGCAUAAUGCCUCUUUUCGACCCUCCUCGUCAUGACAGCGCUGAAACCAUUCGUCGUGCUCUGAACCUCGGUGUCAAUGUCAAAAUGAUUACCGGUGAUCAGUUGGCCAUUGCUAAAGAGACAGGGCGACGGUUGGGUAUGGGAACCAACAUGUAUCCAUCUUCUUCGUUACUCGGAAAGAACAAGGAUGAGUCUAUCGCAGAGCUUCCUGUUGAUGAGCUAAUCGAGAAGGCAGAUGGUUUUGCUGGUGUUUUUCCAGAGCAUAAGUACGAAAUUGUAAAACGGCUGCAAGCGAAGAAACACAUAUGCGGAAUGACAGGAGAUGGAGUUAAUGACGCCCCCGCACUUAAGAAAGCCGACAUUGGGAUUGCAGUGGCUGACGCCACUGAUGCUGCGCGAAGUGCAUCCGACAUUGUGCUCACAGAACCAGGUCUUAGUGUCAUCGUCAGUGCGGUGCUGACCAGCCGAGCAAUUUUUCAGAGGAUGAAGAAUUACACUAUUUAUGCCGUGUCCAUCACUAUUCGGAUUGUGCUGGGAUUUUUGCUAAUCGCUUUGAUAUGGAAGUUUGACUUCUCCCCAUUCAUGGUUCUCGUUAUCGCUAUUCUCAACGAUGGUACGAUAAUGACCAUCUCAAAAGAUCGAGUGAAGCCAUCACCUCUGCCAGACAGCUGGAAAUUGAGAGAAAUCUUUGCGACAGGGAUUGUAAUGGGCACAUAUCUUGCUGUGAUGACUGUACUAUUCUUCUGGGCUAUCCAUACAACUAACUUUUUCCCGGAUACAUUCCACGUAGCGAACAUCAGAGACAGCAAUAGCAGAAUGACGGCAGCUGUGUAUUUACAAGUCAGCAUUGUCAGUCAAGCUCUGAUAUUCGUUACACGUUCUCGAAGCUGGUCAUUUCUCGAGCGACCGGGGUCGCUGCUCUUGUUUGCAUUCGCUUUAGCCCAAUUGGUUGCAACAUUUAUCGCCGUGUAUGCCAACUGGGGCUUUGCCAACAUAAGAGGCAUCGGAUGGGGAUGGGCCGGUGUUAUUUGGCUGUAUAGCAUCGUGUUCUACAUUCCGUUGGAUUUUAUAAAGUUCGCAAUUCGUUACAUCAACAGCGGGAGAGCUUGGGAUCUGGUGUUUGAACAGAAGACGGCAUUUACUAGGCAUAAAGAUUUCGGGAAGGAGAAGCGGGAAGCGCAAUGGGCACAUGCCCAACGCACUCUGCAUGGCUUACACCCUCCGACUUCUGAUAUUGGAUCGCCAAAAAUUGAUGGUGGCGGCGGUGGUGCUGAUAGAGGCGGAGAUAUGGCAGAGCAGGCAAAACGUCGUGCUGAAAUUGCCAGACUGCGGGAGUUGAACACUCUUAAGGGGCAUGUUGAAUCCGUGGUAAGACUGAAGGGUCUGGACGUCAAUACUAUAAAGUCUUCUUACACGGUAUGAGAUCGUGAACUCCUAUUUGACAAAUAUACCAUGUUAAGAGGUGGGGUUAUAUGAGAUGCUGGAGUGCGACGAUUCACAUAAGCCUUGCAAUAAAGCCGGGCUUCUUACAGCCGCCUGUGUGGAAGGUGUCGCCCAUUCAAUGUACAUGAAGAUUGUCCACUCAGGUGACGUGAAUAGGUGAGGAAGAGAAUUUUCUGAAAGACACCAAUUUCGGGAGUAUGAACAUUUGGGCGACUUUUAAGAUAAAAGAUCCAGAAACUUACGUGAGAGGUAGACAAUGAUCGACUGACGUAUACGCCAGUCUGAGUUGAAAGGCACUCCGAGUGUAGAGUUAUUGCUGAAAUUCCGCAGCAAGAAGUUGUACUUGAAUUUGAGAGUAUUAUCCCGGACUGGCUUCUCAUAGAUAUUUUUGCACCCCACCCCGUCAUAACAGUCUUGACAUCGUCUCAACGUCAUGAAGAGAGAGCGCUGAAGGAAUAAUGUACAUCAGUUGGAUGGUAUGUAAAAAUUUCGUGUUAGUAGAUAUAUCCAUGAAAACAAUUGUCU